AAUUUUUUUUUUUCUGACGGGAAACUUCUGUCGGUCACAUGAGCCGGGGCUACUCGAUUCAGCCAUUCGGAGAUUCUUCAAGAAAACUUCUUCCUGAAGUCCCUUAUGAAACUGAUUCAUGGAAGGAAGACGAAGCGAUGUGUUUUGUCAUUGGUCGGCGUCUUUCUCGCACUCUUCCUGCUUCGACCUGACUGCCUUCCGAGCAUUCAAAUUUCAUGGUCGCAGUCUGAGUCGGAUGACGGCCUGGUCGAACCAGGGUGGGAGGACUUGAGGAUCUUCUGCCUGGUUUUGACGCAACCGAAGCGGAAGAUGUCUCAUGCUAUUCCCAUCAAGAAAACCUGGGGAAGGAAAUGCAACCAGCUACUCUUCGUCAGCACGAAAGAAGACGAAGAAUUGCCUUCAAUCGGAGUGACUGCAAAAGGGGAAAGUCGGGAAAUCCUGUGGCAGAAAUCCCGAGAAGCUUGGCAGUACAUCCACGACCACCAUCGAGAUGGUUUCGACUGGUAUAUCCGGACUGAUGACGAUGCGUACGUGGUGAUGGAGAAUCUGAGGUACUUCCUGGCCUCCAAGAAAAAAGAGGAUCUCAUCGCCUACGGAUAUAAAUUUAAGAGGAAAGGCUCUGGCGCGUAUUUUUCUGGAGGACCCGGUUACGUGAUGACUCGUCCAGCGAUGAUCCAGAUGGUGACUCAAGCGCUACCCAUGAAAAAUAACAGCUGUCUUCCCUCGGGUGGUCAAUUUGAGGACUGGAAAAUGGGUCAAUGUCUGGAGAACGUGGGGGUCACCCUUGGAGACGACCGAGACGUUGAAGGCCGCUCCCGCUUUUUCCCAUUGAAUGUUGGCGGUCAUAUCAUGUUCGGUGCCAAUCCACCGAUCGGUCCCUGGUCGAAUCUCACCUGGUUCGAGAAGAUUACGUUCUAUCCGCCCAGGCUGGGAUUCCAAUGCUGUUCCCCAAGCGGCAUAUCCACUCACUAUGCCAACGGAUACCAGAUGUAUUUACUCGAGUAUGCCAUCUAUCAUCUCCGGAUCUACCGCAUGGAUUAGGCAGAUCCCUCAUAUUUUGACUUGAAAAAUAUAAUGUGGCCAGCGUUUUUCAUAUUUUAUCUCAGAGUAAGCACUUCUGGAAAAAAUUUCCAAAAAAAUAAUGGUUAGAAAUGUGUUUAAGAACUAAACAGAAUUAAGAGCAAGAAUAAAAUUUUGCAUUUUAGCGUUAUUUUCAAUGUUGAAGCAUUUCUGAUCUGAUGGAGCA